AGUGCUCAUUUAAUAUGUUAAAAAUUUAGUGUUAUCAAUACCUACUCAAUGAGAUAUAACAUGAUCUUUAAGAAUUAGUUUUUCUGUAUCAGCCAACUAUUAGAUUUAAUGAUGUAAAAUUAAUUUAUUGUAAUUAUUAUUCUGGAGUAUAACUAAUGGAGAAGGAAGAACGUAAAGAAGUAUAUGAUACUCCAGUAACCGACGAAAAUGGAUCUCCUAUCAGCAUUGUUUGGAAACCUGAUCUUUAUAAGCUCCAACAAGAAUCCCCUAAACCUCAACCAGUAUUUGCACCUAGCGCUGUGUCUGGAUGUCCAUUUUUCUAUGGUCUUGAAUAUCACGGAGCAAUGAAUCACAAAGAAGCAAAUUCGUUAUUAACAGAUGAUGGUAACUAUCUUAUACGACUAAGCACCAGUUCAGACGAUAAGAUGUAUACACUAUCAUUAAAAAUAUUUGGAAAAGUCCAUCAUUAUAAAUUAUUUUAUGAUGGACAACAUUAUGUGUCACAAAAACGUUUUAAUACAAUUAAUGAUCUUGUUGCAGAUGGUUUGGUGACAUUGUACAUGGAAUCUAAAGCUGGAAAAUACAUUUAUUUAAUGCAUAGUUUAAUAAGUUAUGAAAAAAGUCCAUAUAUGACACUAAAUAAACUCAAACGUAAAACAAUCAAAAAACUAAAACCAAGACAGUUAAAUAAUGAAGAAGUAGUGGAUUAUGACAAGCCUCACAAUUUUAAAACACAUAACUUUAAAGGACUUAAUUGGUGUGAGUUGUGUGGUAAUUUUUUAUGGGGUUUUACUCAGCAAGGAGUGAAAUGUGAAGAUUGUGGUUUCAGUGCACAUUUUAAGUGUUCUGAAAAGUUGCCACCAGAUUGUUGUCCAGAUUUAAAAUUGUUUCGAGGUGUUUUCGGCAUUGAUUUAACUACUCAUGUUAAGGCUUAUAAAACGAAUAGACCAUUUGUUGUAGACAAAUGUGUUGAAGAAAUUGAAAGGCGUGGCAUGUCUGUUGAAGGAAUAUACAGAGUAUCUGGUUUUCAAGAAGAAAUGGAUAGUUUGAGAUUAGCCUUAGAUAAAGAUGGUAAAGGAACAAUAAUGGAUGACCAAGCUUAUGAAAAUAUACAUGUAGUAGCUAGUAUUUUAAAAAUGUACCUCAGAUUGCUUCCAAUACCACUAAUCACAUAUGAUGUUCAUCCUUUAGUUAUACAAGCUUUAGAAAUUCAAAUGUCCUGGGAAAGAUUAGCUGAAGUAAGAGCUGCUCUGAAAAAACUGCCUCCAGCACACUAUAAUACUUUAAGCUAUUUAAUGGCUCAUUUGCACAGGGUGACUUUACGAUUAGAUGAAAAUAAAAUGACGGCUCAAAAUCUAAGUACAGUUUUUGCUCCAACUCUUAUGCCAAUGCCUGAUUUAAUUGAUUUCAAAGGUACCAUACCAGACAUGAAUCGCGAUAUAAGCGCAUUACAUAUGAUUAUUGAAAACCAAAAUGCAAUAUUUAACUAACAUUUUGCAAUAGUUUAUUGGAAAAUUAUUUUGAAAACAAAUGUAAUAAUCUUUUUUGUUUUACUUGAUUCAGUAUUAU